CGUUUGUAUUAUAUCUAUUUAUACAGACGGAUUAGCCUAUUCUGUCUGUAUAAUUCCCUGUUUCUUAAAGACAAUUUUUUCCUCUUUUAUUUUAGCCGUCUGUAUACAUUUUCCUUUCCCUCCACAUAUUCCCAAUUUUCCCUCCCCAAAUUCUGAGUUUCCCUCCCCGGUAAGCCUAAGUAUUUCUGUCCCUCUCCCAAAUUUCCAAAAUUUGGAAUUUAUUUUGCUAAAACUCAAAAACCCAUUCAGUCCUAACUACAAAAUUCAAAAGCCCGACUCUAAUCCUCCCCAAAUUCUGAGUUUCCCUCCUCGAUAGGCUUAAGUAUUUCCAUCCCUCUCCCAAAUCUCCAAAAUUUGGAAUCGAUUUUGCUAAAACUCAAAAACCCAUUCGAACCUAAUGCAAAAUUCAGAAGCUCGACUCUAAUCCAUGAACGACAGGAGGUUACCGGCGGAGAAUAGGCGGUGGCAUGCUGCUUGGCUGAGUGAAAAGGAGGCUUCUGUUGAGGAUCCGGUGGCAGAGAGGCAGUGGCACUACUGAGGGAAGAAGAAGCACAGCAAUAGUCCACGUGCCUUUUCUUCCAAAGCUGGUUAAAGAUAUGGUAGAUCACUGCAGUCUUUUUCUUUACACAAAAUGAGUCCUUUCAUAUGGAUAUGGCACCACACCACACCACACCACACCAAGACAAAGCUAUUCGGUAAUUCCUCCUUCGAUUAUCAAAAUUAAAAGGUUCCCUAAUCC